AUCAACGAAUCUAUCAGUCCCGUGCCAGAAGCGCCAACAAGAGCAUUAUCAAUCGAUACACCACUCGUCCCGGAACGAAACAAAACACCGAAACCACCAUGAAGUGCAUCAUUGCUGUCGCUACCGUGCUGCUGCUGGCCGUCGGAGCCGCUCAGGCUGACUACGCCGCCAAGGGUUACGCCAAACACGGCGGACAUCACGUGCCGUGCGGAUCGAACCUGCUGUUCAGCUGCGCUCCCAACGUUGCGCACGUGCCCUGCGUCCCUGCCCACGGACACGACCAUCAUGCUCCGGCGCCGGCCUACCACGCACCCGCUCACCACGCGCCCGCCCACCAUGCCCCGGCCCCGGCAUACCACGCUCCGGCCCAUCACGCUCCGGCCCCGGCUUACCACGCACCGGCACCGGCCUACCACGCACCGGCCCACAAGUACUGAGGCGCAACCCAAGCUACCAGUGGAUUAAGGCGUAAGAGGGCGGGUUCGGCCCAGCGGGAGAAGGGCUGCAAAUUUGACUGAUGGAGUAUUAUGAUUUUUUAAUAAUUAAAACAAGAUUAAUGUAAACUUU